CACUACCUCUCUCUCUAUCACUACUGCUUCGGGUACCGAAAAGCCCACGUUGAAGACCCCAUGGAUUCCUCCAUUUUCACCCCAAUUUUAAUCUCCUUCUCCUUUUUCUGCUAUUUCAUUCUCUCUCCAUCAAACUGAUCGAUCACCAAUACCUUUUUCUCUUCAAUAUUUGCUCUAAAUUAUCACAUCUCUGCUGUUUCAGCUGCAAAAUUGGUUUGUUUUGGAACUGCAUCCAUGGAUUUUUCUUCCUUUGAAGGUAUUGCACUUGAUCCAUCAAAGUGCAGUAAAUUAAGUAUGGAGGAAAAGAGAGAACUAGUUUAUGAAUUAUCAAAGCAGUCACAUGGUGCCCCUGAAAUGCUGCAAUCUUGGAGCCGUCAGGAGAUUUUGCAGAUAUUAUGUGCAGAGAUGGGAAAAGAAAGGAAGUAUACUGGACUGACAAAAUUAAAAAUAAUAGAAAACCUACUGAAAAUUGUAUCUGAGAAGAAAUCAUUGGAGCAAGAAAAUACAUCUAAUCUUGAAAUGCAGCCUUCAUCAGAGAGUGGCCAGAGGAGUUCCAAAAGGCAGAGAAAGGCUGAGCAUCCAAGUCGUUUUCCUAUUGAAGCUAAUACUUCUUCAACAACAAAUACUAAUGUCAGUUUAGCCAAUGUUGUGUACUGCAAAAAUUUGGCUUGCAGAGCUAAAUUAAGUGGCCAAGAUGCAUUUUGCAAAAGGUGUUCAUGUUGUAUUUGCCGUAACUACGAUGACAACAAGGACCCUAGUCUAUGGUUGAUUUGCAGCUCAGAACCUCCUUUUCAAGGGGAUUCAUGUGGGAUGUCAUGCCACCUUGAGUGUGCCAUGAAGCACGGAAAAUCUUGUAUUACAACUGAUAAAUCAGACAAGGGCAAUAAUGGCACCUUUUACUGUGUAUCCUGUGGAAAAGCUAAUGAUCUAUUAAGUUCCUUGAAAAAACAACUGAUUGUAGCAAGAGAUACCAGGCGUGUAGACAUAUUAUGUUAUAGGCUUUCAUUGAGCCAAAAACUUUCUUUUGGUGCCGAAAAUUGCCCAAAGCUGUAUGAAGUUCUAGAUGAAGCAGUGAACAAGCUUGAAGCAGAUGUUGGCCCUUUGACUGGUUUGCCUGUGAAGAUGGCUAGAGGUAUAGUGAACAGGCUCUCAUUUGGCCCUGCUGUUCAGCAACUUUGUGGCUUGGCUGUUGAGUACAUAGAUGCCCUUCUCUCUGAGAGAGUGUCUGAAAUGCCAUCUAAUGCUAAGGUCAAAGAUUGCGAGGUGAUAGAAUCAAAGCUUGUCAGAUUUGAGGAUGUCUUUCCCUCAUCUGUGACCGUUGUUUUGAGUUCUGAAGGGUCAUCUAUGGAGAAUGUUGUUGGUUACUCCUUGUGGCAUCGGAAAGCUGUUGAAACGGAAUAUCCAGUAGAACCAACUCGAACAUUGUUUUCCCCAAACACUAGGUUUGUGCUCUCAGAUCUGAUGCCAGCUACAGAUUAUGUUCUCAAGAUUGUUUCCCUUGAUAGCAAGAAAGAACUGGGAAUGUUUGAAGUUCAAUUCUGCUCCAGUAAAGCUGAAAAUGAACUAUCUAAUCUGAACAUGAAAAGUUUAGAAGUUGAAAGAAGUCAAAGUCCACCAACAAAUUGCAGCAACCUUUCUAAUCCUUCUUCAGUGGAGGAUGAAACUAAUAACAUCGUGCUAUGCAGCAAUGAGGCUGAGAACAGAGGGGAUAAUUGUCUUUCUUGUUGUGAUAACACUGAUAAAGCAAUUUCUACAGACUUGUGCUGCACCACGGUCGCCUUUGCUAGUAAAAGUCAUAUAGGAAAUGAAGAAGUAAUGGUAUCUUUAGGUGAUGAGGAAGAUAGCAUUGUCAAAGUAACCUCCUUGCCAAAUACUGAUGCUAUAAAUCUUGAGAACAAGCAAUGUUCAGAUGUUCAAACAACAGAAGAGACGAGCACUGAUAAUGGGUCAAAUGCACCUCUCCAGACUGCCUUAGAAUUCGCACCAUUUGUAGGUAGUGUGGAUGCUGGCUUACCCAUCACACCCUGCAAGAUGGAGAAUGUGAAGGGAAGCCUCGGCCGGAAAGGGAAAUCAGAACAUUGCAGCAAGGAUCUUGAUAAUGGAUCGGGGAAGGAGGAUGGACCACAAGUUGGCUGUUCUUCAAAGAAGAGAGUUGGAGAAUGGCAUGAAGAAUGUGCUGGAACUGGAGAUAAGGAUUUUGAGUAUUAUGUCAAAGUAGUUAGAUGGUUAGAGUGUGGUGAGCAUAUUGACAAGACAUUCAGGCAGAAGUUCUUAACGUGGUAUAGCUUAAGAGCUACACCACAAGAUGUUAGGAUUGUCAAGGCAUUUGUUGAUACCCUAAUCGAAGAUCCAGCAUCACUUGCUGGGCAGCUGGUUGAUACUUUCUCUGAUGUUAUUUCAAGCAAGAGAGCUUCUGUAGUUCCAGCAGGCUUUUGCCUAAAGCUUUGGCAUUAAAGGAUUCAGAAUGUGGAUCCUCUAUCCUCUAUAGUCGCUGCUUAACUGAACAUAAUUCUUUUGAUUCCCAAAUUGUUCCAUGUCGAUUCAUAUUUAUGAUGUAAACGAUUAAAUCAUCUUUAAUUAUUAUUUUUUUUUCCUUAUAGGUUGGUUCUACCCAAUUCAUCCACAUUUCUCUCUGAUGUUAUGACAUUGGAGUUGGAAUGGAAGUGAUAUUGCUCUGUAAGAUAAUUUGAAAUACAAAAUCUGAUUUGAUAUUUACUUCUU